UGGCUGAGGAGUUGCAGGGCGAGUAAUGUGCGUUAAAUACCCUGGUUAAUUUGGAAGAAGUGUUUUGAUAGGCGUAUUUCCCCCCAGCUGAUGUUCGGGGAAACAGCCGCAGCUUCGAGGUCGUUCCGUGUUUUCAAAGCACGAAAUAGUCGCUGUCAGGACUACUGUUUUGUUGAUGUCAUCCGCGACAGAGCUGUAGCGACCUUCAGUUUCUAGACAAGACCGGGAUAAACAAAGACUCGUUUUGGGGUGGUUCUUUUUUACGUCUUUAUUUUGUUUUCUUUGCCGGUGAGACUAGCAGCAUCGAUGAUGGGACUUCUGCUGCCCUGCGUCCUGCUGUUAUCUGUUUUCACUUUCGCAGCCAGUUUAGAUUUUCAGCAGGAAUCCAAACCCCUCGGACAGUCGGAUUUUGUGAGGCGUUCAUACAUUGAAGAGAAAGCUGCGAAAAUAGCAAAGAGGUCUCUGCCUGCAUGGCUGGCUGCAUCACCGAAUCACAAGAUAAAACGAAGAAGCACCGAGCAGGACAACUCCUGCGGAGCUCUUCAAGGAUAUGACGCCAAGUUAGCAGAGAACACCCACAGUUACACCUUCAAUGACCUGAGCGGGUCAGUGUCGCUGGCCUGGGUUGGAGAUGGCACAGGGGUCAUCCUGGCUUUGACAACUUUUCAGGUGCCCUUCUUCAUGUUAAGGCUGGGGCAGUCUAAACUCUAUCGAAGUGAGAACUACGGGAAGUCAUUCGAGGAUGUGACCAACCUCAUCAACAACACCUUCAUCAGAACAGAGUUUGGCAUCGCUAUCGGCCCCGAGAACUCUGGGAAAGUGAUCCUGACAGGAGAAGUGUCUGGUACUCUUGGAUCUCGGAUCUUUCUUUCCGAUGACUUUGGAAAAAGUUUCACCCACCAGGACCUGCCUUUCAUCCCCCUGAUGCAGAUCAUAUACAACCCGGACAAUUCCAGUGAGCUGCUGGUCCUCAGUAAUCACAAUGAACUGUGGCUGUCUAAUGAUUUUGGCAGCAACUGGAAAAAGAUCCAUGACAUGGUGUGUCUGGUGAAAUGGGGAAGGAAAAAUGCCAUCUUCUUUACGGCCAGCCUCAAUGGAUCCUGCAUUGAAAGGGGAAUGUUGGAACUGAGGAGGACGACAGACUUCGGCACCACCAUCAAGACUGUCGCCAGUAAGAUCUACUCCUUCGGCCUGGGUGGACGUUUCGUCUUUGCCUCUGUAAUGACGGGCAAGGGAACUCUGAGAACAAUCUAUGUGUCUGUGGACCAGGGUGAGACGUGGAACAUGGCCCAGCUGCCCCCUGUCGGUCACGAGCAGUUUUACUCCAUCCUGGCAGCAAACGAUGAAAUGGUCUUCAUGCAUGUCGACGAGCCGGGAGAUACAGGAUUUGGUACCAUUUAUGUAUCAGAUGACCGGGGCACUGUGUACUCCAAGUCAUUGGAGCGGCACCUAUAUACCACCACAGGGGGUGAUACUGACUUCACUAACGUCACCUCACUGCGAGGAGUUUUCAUCACCAGUGUCCUGGCGGAAGAUAAAAGCGUGCAGUCUGUGGUGUCCUUUGAUCAGGGAGGGGAAUGGGUUCCACUGCGGAAACCUGAAAACAGCAAGUGUGAUGCUACAGCCAAAGACCCAGACAAGUGCAGUCUCCACAUCCACGCAGCCUACAGUAUUGCUAUGAAGCUAAACGUCCCCAUGCUGCCUCUUACUGAACCGAAUGCUGUGGGUCUCAUCUUAGCUCAUGGAAGUGUUGGUGAUGCCAUCUCAGUGAUGAGGCCUGAUGUGUAUGUGUCUGAUGAUGGGGGGUACACCUGGAUAAAGGCACUCAACGGUGCCCAUCACUAUGCUAUUCUGGACUCUGGAGGGCUGCUGGUUGCUGUGGAGUACAGUUCCAGUCCUAUCAACAAGAUCAAAUUUUCUACUGAUGAAGGACAGUGCUGGAGAGUGUACAACUUCACCAAAGAACCCAUCUACUUUACUGGACUGGCGUCAGAGCCAGGAGCUCGCUCCAUGAAUGUCAGUGUCUGGGGCUACAAAGACUCUCUCUUCAGCCAGAACUGGAUCUCCAUCACCAUUGACUUCAGGGAACUUCUCACCAGAGACUGUAAUGACAAGGACUAUGUGCCGUGGUUGGCCCACUCUGAUGACAUCAGUGACCCCAGCGAUGGUUGCAUGCUGGGCUACAAAGAGAAGUUCCUGCGUCUCAGGAAGGACUCUGUUUGCUGGAACGGACGAGAUUACCAGGUUAACACACAGCCAACGCCAUGUUUGUGCACCCUGGAUGACUUCCUGUGUGACUUUGGAUACUACCGUCAAGAGAACAGCUCUGAGUGUGUGGAGCAGCCGGACCUGAAAGGCAAAGUGCUGGAGUUCUGCCUGCAAGGCAGAGAGGAGCAACUGCAGACUACUGGGUACAGGAAAAUCCCUGGUGAUAAAUGUGAAGGAGGAGAAAUGCCGGAGCGUAAAGAGAUCGACCUCAGUAAGAGGUGUGUGAGCGACCUUGUGGGCCCAGAACUUCUGGUAGACAGUCACCCCUCAAAGUCUGUAGCUAUCGUGAUAACGGUCAUCCUCGUCAUGCUGCUGAGCAUCGCAGCAGGAGUUAUCUUCGUCAAGAAAUAUGUCUGUGGUGGCAGGUUCUUGGUUCACAGGUACUCCGUGUUGCAGCAGCAUGUUGAGGACAAUACUGUUGAGGAGCAGGACGACCCUCUGGACACCAACCACAUUCAAAAUGGAAAGAUAGAGUUUCAUGACGACUCAGAUGAGGACCUGCUUGAAUAGCAGGUACAACCUGUCGUACAAGUGAGCAACAGGUUCCAGUCUACCCCGUGGCUGGCCGCUGUUCCUGUUACUCUUUGUCUCCAACUACUUCUUCCUUUCACCUUCUUGUAUGACCAUUGACCUCGGCUACCAGACUAAGUGUCUGUGCCACUCUGCUGUCAUCUAUAAUGAAUGUACAGAGGCCUCCUGGGACUAAUUUCACAGUUGGGGAAAACUAUGAAGGAAGUCCUGUAGUGUUGCGCUUCAGUUAUUGAUUGAGUUUGAAUCUCUGAGUAAUUUAUUUUAGGGGAAGAAGAACUGAUGCAGUUAUUUGAAUUGCUGACAGAGCCAGAGUAGUGGGUUUUGAAACAAAGCUAGUUGUAUAAAUCCAGCACCAUUGCAUUACGGGUCCUGCCUCUCCCAUCACCUGGGAGUGCUCUUGGAAAUCUUUCUCACUUCUGUUGAAAAUCUGUAUCCUUUUUCUAAUGCACUUGCACAUCAAUCAGUUUGUUUUUUUGCCAUUUCUGAUGUGGUAUCAUCAUGUUUGGUAGGUGUAUGGAAAAAAGGUUCCUGUUGGUAGCUGGUUAAUAACUCUCCCAAACUACUUGAGUCUUAAUCCCUUCUUUUAAUAAAGUAUUUGUUGGUCAAAAAAGUGUGCCCCAGACGACCAAGAGUAUGUAAAUGUUUUUAGCCUUCUCCUCUCUGGGCACUGAUUUGUAAAAUCUCCUGUUGUAGUCUGUAUUUGGAAUACAGUACUUUUUGUACUCCAUUGGCAUUGAUCUCCAUGGUUGAAGUAAUGAAACGCAAGUGGAAAUUCCUAUUUGCAUUAGGUUUGAUAGCAAUAACAUGUUUAAGUAUAUUGUCCAUGCACGUUAAAUAAUCCUAUUGGCACAAUAUCUCUAAUGUCAGUUGCUUUGUUUGAUGAAUGGAGAUGUCAUCGUGUAAAACACAUUACGCAUCAAUGUAUAGGGUGUUUAUAGUGUGUCUGUUUAAGGAUUUGUUAAAACAUUUAUGUCUGCGGUCUAAUUGCCUAAAGCACAAGGUCCUUUGUAUGCUUGGAGUUUGUAGUUUAACAUUUUCCUACAUGUGACCUAAUGAUUAAUAUAAGACUGUAAUAAUCACUAUAAUCACAUACAAGGCGUGUUUAUAAUCAUUUGAGCGGGGUUUUGUACUAACAAACUUUUGAACUUAUAAAACAAAUGACAAAUUGCGGUUUGGAGAUGUUCAGAAAUCACAGAAAUAAUUAUAGUUUGAUAGUAAAUAUCUACACACAUUUUUUACAUCAGAUUCAGAUAACUGAACGUAUCAAUAUAAUUUGGCAACAGCACAGGGGCAAUGUGAAUAACAAUUCAAUUAUGUAAAUGUUGUAUAGCAUAAUUAACACUGUUGCCUAGAGGUAACAGACAUGGUUGUACAAGUUGCUUUUUUUAAAGUUGGUUUUUACAUCUGAGAUGGAUCAAAUUCUCUAAAAUAAUUGGGAUAUUGAAAGUUUCUCAUCGGUGUGUUGUACAGUGAACUGCUGUAUUGUAUUUUAUUUUUAUUUUUUUGUAAUAAUCCUGCUACUACUGACAUUUUGAAUCUAAGCUGGAUUGGCCACUGACUCUCAACAGAUCUAUCUCAAGUCUUACAGGGUUGUUUUUUUCCCCCUCCUUCUUUUAAACAUUUGUUGCACAAUUUGUCUGUCUUGUGUUAAAUACAUUACUUCCAUAUAGUUUUUUAUUUAUUUGUGACUAGCAUGUUCAGAGCGCAGUAAAUUGGAUGUGGUUAUACAAGUGCCUGGUGUGAGAAUAAGAUGCGAGGCCCUCCCAAAGUGUGGCCAGCAUCUAUUUACUGAUAAUUAUUUAUAUCAACUGUGUAACCAGUUUCAUCCAAUAUGUAAGUGACACCCCUAUGUUGCACUUGUUGCCUAAGAUGAAUCCUUGAACAGUGAAGGAAUUGUUUAAUUUUCAAAAAUAUUUUAAUCUAUAGACCUUUGUAAAGAAAAUAGCCUUCAGUAAGCUGGUUAUUCUCUCGUUCAUGUCUUGGCAGGAGACUAUAUUGUGGCUGAGAUAAUUUGAAAAGAGAGGCAACUCGAAUAAAAAACAGGUGGAGUGGAUACAGGGUAAUUAGGUAGCUGCUUUACACUGGGAGACACUUAGGAAGAUCUUAUUUAAUUACGGUUUAUUGCAUUAAGUGGAGUAACACUUUUCUUACAGUUUAAAAACUGCUGUAUAAAUGUCAUUGUGAUGGUUAUGUAAAUAUUCGAGGUUACAUCUGUAUUUGCAGUUUCUCUCUCCUGUAUAUUUGAGGCAAUUUUAUUCUGGUUUGCCAAUAAAUUCCUAUGUUCCUCUUA